AUGGCCGGGGAGGAGAAGGCCGUCGAGUCGGUCAGGAGCGCGGAAGAGCUCGCGCAGGACUCGAUCGCGUGGGCGACGCAGCACGGCCUGGUCAUGCGCCUUGGAGGUGACUCACCACAGGCUGCUGUUAUCCAUGCGCCCAUGACUCUGCUCCCAACUCCGUUUCCGAAAGAGCCAUUUGUGCAGGCUGUGGAGGUCAUGCCCAUCCUCAACAGGCUUGUGGAUGCCGUGAGUCGUGAUUCCGCUUUCCUCAAAUCUGUGCUGUCAUCUGCUGCCCAAUAUGACGACUUUACUGCCAACCUGUUAGAGUUGAACGACGCGACUAUGGCCAGCUCAAGACAAACCGAUAGCUCAGAGGUGGUCGUUGGUGUGCAUCGGUCUGACUACAUGCUGGACGAGCCAUCAGGAAAGCUGUUACAGGUGGAGUUGAACACCAUUGCCUCAUCAUUUGGGUCAUUGGGCUCGAUUGUUAGCCAGCUCCAUGCACACAACACAGCCCAACAGGCUGGAAUGGGUCCAGAUGGGGUACCCGCCAAUGCAGCUCUUGCGGAAUGUGUUAUAGCGCUUGCCACAGCCUACAAUGCAGUGGAUCUUGAGCACAGCGUGGUUCUCAUGGUUGUCGAGUCUGAUGAGCAGAAUUAUUACGACCAACAGUGGAUCGCCAGCCAGUUGUGGGAUGUCUACAGCAUCCGGACCGUCCGUAAAACGCUGGCAGACAUUGCCAGUGAAGGGAAUCUGGACGACUCGGGGAACUUAAGGUGUGGCGAUCAUUGUGUUGCAGUUGCUUAUUUCCGGUCUGGCUACUCACCAGACCACUACCCAACCAGUCGGCAAUGGGAUGGCAGACGUCUCAUUGAGUCCAGCACAGCAGCUAAGUGCCCAACAGUAGCAUACCACCUUGCAGGUACCAAAAAAGUCCAACAGCAGCUGGCCAGACCAGGUGUAUUGGAACAAUUCUUGGAGGAAGAAGAUGCUUUCCACGUCAGAAAAUUCUUUGCUGGAUUGUGGGGUCUGGAGGAUUUAUCAGAUCCAGAAACCCAGCGGACAGUGCAGGAGGCCAUAAGUCAUCCUGAGAAAUUUGUCUUGAAGCCCCAGAGAGAAGGCGGAGGGAACAACCUUUAUG